AUGAGUGUACAUCGACAAGGAACUACAGCCUCGACCACGAGCGUACCCCGACGGUCGACGUCAGGUCGCUCCGUCGCCACCAACAGUCCCACUUCAUAUGUGGCAUUAAUGCGACGGCAGAAAGCCACCGUGUGGUGCGACAGAUCUCAAAACAUCGAUCCUCGGAUAGCGGCGGCGCAGAAAGCGGCCAAACAUCGAGCCGCAAUGGAGGUAGCAGGUGUGACAUCCGCUGGACGGACGAGCACAAUUAAUUCGGGUGGUGUGGUGGGAAAGAUUAGACAUGGCGGGGUCCCUAAAGCUCCAGGCUACUUGCCAGCCAAUUUAAAUGGCGCAUCAGUUCCACUACGUCUAAGCGCGAACGAAAUCGGUGCCGAAGAGGAAGAGCUGAGUAUGGGUGGAGACAGUAUGGUCCAUGGACGCAGCGGAAGUGGUCGAAGCAGUACCAACAGCGCAAAGUAUCGCAGUGGAUAUCCAAGGCCAGAUGCCGGACGAUUUAGUUCGACAAGUACUCCUCCGAGUGGAGAAGGUUCCCCCGGUCAAGGCAUUCCCGAACAACCCGAAACGAGACAUUCUACGAUGGGAGGGAAGAACGACUACUUUAAUGAAGAAGACGGCAAAGCCACGCCGGCCGGAAGUGAGGAUUCUUUUGGUGAACUAAAAGACAUGACCGGCCCAAGCUCUGUACAACAAGCUCUCGCACAAGCCAAGAAGAACGAAGAUUUACGAAGAAGAGGAAGUGUCGAUGAGCGAGCGAUGAGUAUGGGUUCUGGAGUACGAUUAUUCGUUGCCAACCCGGAUCUGGACGACUAA